UUGUGGGUUUUUUAGUUUAGUUUUGGUUUGUGUUUUAGUUAAAACUGCAGGUGGCACAGGGGACCGAGUGAAAGCGCCUGUAAAACUUCCUGGUUACGUGCAAGCUAAGCCAGAAAGGUAUCAUGGGCAGACCUUGGAAGAACAGCUUAAUACAUGUAAAGAUUCAGAACCUGCACUUGGACUUAAUUAUAUAAUUGAAUAUCGAUCAAAAGAUAAUUUCCUUUUCUCUAUGAGUGUCAACUGUGCCACUGCAAAACAGGACUGAGCAACAUGUUCAUGCAUGUUUGUGGCUCCAAGCACAGACUGGCAUACCUGAAACAACAUUAUCCUGAGAUAGCAGAAUCUGAUGAAGUUAAGGGUAAAGGCUCUGAACUGAACAGAAAAGUUAGGCAAGUUGCAUUAACAAUUGAGAAGAAGGAAGGAAGAAAACAAUUAAAGGUUGUUAUAGAAGCUCCAGUAAUCAGGAAAAGAUGGCAAGAAUAUUCUAAUGCAGAUGAUAGCCCAUCAAAAGCUAAAGUUCAGCAUGUGGAUACAUCACUUAGUAAUGAAGAAGGAAUGGACUGUAAAAAUAAGGAUGGAAAAUUGCCAGAUCUGAUUCAAGAAGAAAAGAAUGUUCAAGAGGAGCAGGAACACUGUCAGAAUGAACAGGCAAUACCAGAUGAGAAGGUUGAAACUAACACGGCUGUUGAAAGCACUGAAGGCGACCUCACUGAAGAAGGCAGCAGUUCUGAAAAAUGUGAGACCAAUGUACAACUGCAAGAAGAAAAUGAGGAAGUCGAGCAAGCAUCUGCAGCAGCUGCUGAAGAAUUCACUAGUCAGGAAGAACUGCUAAGUUACCUGCAAAGUUUUGAGAUACUGAAUGAAGAUGAUGCUGCUUUUAUCCUAAAAGUCACACAGACUCUCACAGAUGCAUUGGUGGAAUAUCGUCAGCAAGCUGCAUCAAAAAAAGACUUCUUAGAUAAUGAAUGUAAUGGAGAAGAAGCAUUGGAACAUUCUACAGAACAAUCUGAGCUGACUUCGGCAGAUAUUAGUGAUUCUGAUACCGACAAUUCAAGCAGCCGAUCAGCUAAAAAGUCCUUAUCAAUAAAUGAGGAAGAUGAACUGCAAAACUUUUCAACUGGCUCUUUGGACACAGCAUAUGAGAACAACGUCACUGCUGAAUUUUUGAACAGCGUGAGAAAUAUGAAUGUUGAGGAAGUUACUGCUACUCUACACAAAAUAGCGGCUACAAAUCCAGCUUUCAGAGGAAUGGAUAUUCCAAAUGUUGUAAAGAUCCUGACUGAAAGUGGGACUCUGAGAAGACUAAGCAAUGGCAGCACACACUGACAUGGUAGUUAGCAGAGUUAAUAUUGCAAUGUUUACUUUCUGUAAGUUUUAAAUCAUUCUUUUGUCUAAUAUGAACUCAAUGUAGCUGAUUUUGCUAUAUCCAAAUACUGCAUGAUGUUCUUCUAAUUAAUAAUUUGGUUUUGAAAUUCUUAUUAUUCUAUAUGGAAAAGUUAAUGUUGUUUCCUUUUCCAUUGGCCUCUAUUUUUAAAUGAGUAGCCGUUAUUUUCCUAAAUAUCUUUACAUACUGUAUAUUAGCAGUCUGAUCUUUUCUUAUUGAUUCUUAUGGCUCUUUGUAAGAGUUAAUCACAGAAUUGUAGGGGUUGGAAGGGACCUCUGGAGAUCAUCUAGUCUAACCCCCUACUAAAGCAAGUUCCCUACAGUAGGUUUCACAGGAAGUCAUGCCAAUGGGUCUUGAAUGUCUCCAGAGAAGAAGACUCCACAACCUCUCCAGUGUUCUGUUACCCGCAUGUUUGUUUGGAAUUCCCUGUGCUCCAGUUUGUGCCCGUUGCCCCUUGUUCUGUUUCUGGGCACCACUGAAAGGAGCCUGGCCCCACCUACUUGACUCCUAUCCUUUGGAUAUUUAUAAGUGUUGAUAAGCUCCCCCCUUAGUUUUUUCUUCUUUAGACUAAACAGUCACAGGUCUCUCAGCCUUUCCCAUAAGGGUAAUGCUUCAGGUCCUCAUCACCUUUGUGUCUCUCCACUGCACUCUCCAGAAACUCCCUGUCUUUCUUGAAUUGGAGAACCCAGAACUGGGCACAAUACUCCAGAUGUGGCCUCAUCAGGGCAGAGCAGAGGGGAGGGAGAACCUCCCUUGAUUUGCUGACCAUGCUCUUUUUCAUGCACCUCAGGAUCCCAUUGGCCUCCUUGCCCACAAGAACAUAGUGCUUGGCUCAUGGCCAGCUUGCUGUCCACCAGGACACCUAGCUCCUCUGUAGUGCUCCUCUCCACUGCUGUCCCCCAUCUGCCCAUCUACAUCAUAGAAAGGUACCAGAUUGGUCAAGCAUGAAUCCAUGUUGACUACUAAUAACCUUCUCUUCCACUAAAGCAGUCAGCAGUACAGAUGCAUCCUAGAGCAAACAGUCAAAUUAUUCCCUGUGGCUGCAAGGCCAUACUGAAAGGCUAUUGAAAUUAGGUGUAUCCUCCCAUGUAAGGAUUAUGGAUUGGUCUCCUGUUUUUCAAUAAAGAUUAAAAAUUACAACAAAUCAGUGCUGUCAGUUCAGUUCUGAGUUAGGUGCAUGGAUUAUAGGUAACUUUUGGAGAGUAGUUAACUGCAAGUAUUAGCAAACUCAGCAGAGGUUGACUUGCUUGCAAAUUCACGGAUAUAUCUCAAGAGAUGUAACUAGACUAUACUUAAGAAACGCUGACUUCGUAUAGUGAAAGAAUCUCCUGUCUUCUCUUAUUUUACCACUAUAAGCAUGAAGUGAAAGCUGGCUUAUACUGUCCUUAUAUUGUCCUUCAAUUCAUGCUCUUUUAAAGUGAGGUUUUUUUG